UUUCGAUUUCAAAGUAGUUUUAGUUUGCAUUGCUGAAAUGAAGUUUUAAAAAGAAAAUCAAAGUAGAUAUAGCAUUUUAGGGUAACAAAAUUACAAAACACUCACAAUUAUGGCUUGUAACUGUACAAAUCCCUUUUACGGUGUUCCUAUUCAAAACACUUCGUGUAAUGCAGCAUCGUCAGUUAUGUUUAUGACUCUUGUCAAUAAUCUUCUUCGAAAUCAAUGUGAUAUCUCGGACGUGUGCGGAAGAAUAAGGCCAACUUUAAAUCCUGAUAACUCAUACGACUUUAUAGUAGUAGGGGGUGGUGGUGCAGGGUCAGUAGUAGCUGGAAGACUCAGUGAAAACCCGAAUUGGAAAGUUCUGCUUAUAGAACAGGGCAAUGAUGAACCUGUAGGAAGCCAAGUACCCACUUUUGCAUUCACAUUCAUAGGAAACAGUGAAACAACGCUGUUCUAUCCCACAGAACGUCAAGCGAACGCCUGUCGCCAAAACGCAAACAACCAAUGCACCUACAUCCGAGCAAAAGCACUUGGAGGGUGCGGGGUUGUAAAUGGAAUGACAUAUAUGCGUGGGGUACCGAGAGAUUACGAUUAUUGGGCGGAAUUGGGUAACACAGGAUGGAGUUACGAUGAUCUUCUACCAUAUUUUAUUAAAUCGGAAGACAAUGGUAAUAUUGGUAAUCUAACAAGCACUGAGUAUUAA